UGCACACUGGCACACAGUUUUGACGCGCAAACACAAGUGAGAGAUGAUGACAUGAUGCGCGGAGAUUCAUCCUGCAGCUGAUACUGGCUCGGAGAGCAAGUUAAACCCUUAAAACCUUUUUUUAAGUUGAGUUGAAGAAGUCGCACUGUCUUGGAUCCAUCCGUUUCCUGGUCCAAACUUGACGUCUAUCCGCUGCGGGCGCAAACUUCAUCAUCACUUGAUCUUUUGUUUUUUUGUUUUUCUUUUCCUGGGAGUUGUGCCUCUGGCUUCACCGGUAAGCAUUGGAUCCAUCGGCGUACUGCGAAACUCCGGUCUACAGUCCGGAUCUGUGCCCAAACAUGAUUGCAACGCAAGCAAAGCUGGUUUACCAGCUUAAUAAAUAUUACAACGAAAGAUGCCAGGCGCGCAAAGCGGCCAUCGCCAAGACCAUACGAGAGGUGUGUAAGGUGGUGUCGGAUGUGCUGAAGGAGGUGGAGGUCCAAGAGCCCCGUUUCAUCAGCUCCCUGAGCGAGAUAGACGCGCGCUAUGAGGGCAUGGAGGUCAUCGCACCCAACGAGUUUGAGGUCGUACUUUACCUGAACCAGAUGGGGGUGUUCAACUUUGUAGACGAUGGCUCUCUGCCGGGCUGCGCGGUGCUCAAGCUCAGCGACGGCCGCAAGAGGAGCAUGUCCCUGUGGGUGGAGUUCAUCACCGCCUCCGGUUAUCUAUCGGCACGAAAGAUUCGCUCCCGCUUUCAGACGCUGGUUGCCCAGGCCGUGGAUAAAUGCAGCUACCGGGACGUGGUUAAGAUGGUGGCGGACACGAGCGAAGUGAAACUGCGCAUUCGGGAGAGAUACGUCGUGCAAAUCACCCCGGCCUUCAAGUGCACGGGCAUCUGGCCUAGGAGUGCCGCUCAGUGGCCCAUGCCUCACAUCCCGUGGCCCGGGCCGAACCGGGUGGCGGAGGUAAAAGCGGAGGGGUUUAACCUGCUCUCUAAAGAGUGCUACUCAUUGACGGGCAAGCAGAGCUCGGCAGAAAGCGACGCCUGGGUCUUGCAGUUCGCCGAGGCCGAGAACAGGCUUCUGAUGUCGGGCUGUAGGAAGAAAUGCCUCUCUGUUCUAAAGACUCUCCGUGACCGACACCUCGAGCUGCCGGGACAGCCGCUUAAUAACUACCACAUGAAGACCCUACUGCUAUACGAGUGCGAGAAACACCCGCGGGAGACUGACUGGGACGAGUCGUGCCUCGGCGACCGACUGAACGGUAUUCUGCUGCAGCUCAUCUCCUGCCUGCAGUGCCGCCGGUGCCCACAUUACUUCUUACCCAAUCUAGACCUGUUUCAGGGUAAACCACACUCGGCUCUGGAGACAGCGGCCAAACAGACCUGGAGACUGGCAAGAGAAAUCCUUACCAACGCUAAAAGUUUGGAUAAACUGUAAGAUGCAAAAGGAGGACAUUUUAUGAUGGUGAAAAGCCUAUUUACGGACGUUUGCGAUCACAACACUGAAAGUGGAGAGAAUGUGAUCGUGCUGCUCUCCGGGUAACGAAAGCAAGAAAAUAAAAAAAUUAAAUGAAACUUAGAAAAACCCUGAAGCAUUUGCUUUUUGCCAAGGCUCAAAUGGGACAUUUCAGGAGAGAGAAAUGAAGGUACAUUUUAAACUAAGUGUAAUGAUUUUGUUGUUUGUUCGAACUGUUUUCACAAAGUGAAAAUUUUAUUUAAAUACAUGCACAAGAUCUUUAAUUGCAAAUUACAAAAUGUAGCGUGCCAAGUUCUUUUUUCAUGAUGUGAACAAAAUAUUAACGUGUAAUAAAAUCAUGACACGAUGAAAUUUAAA